UUUUUGGCUACCAAAUUUCUCUUUUUCUUUCACAAAUUUCAUCUACCAAAGAAAGAAGAAGAGAAACUCCAAUCUCCUAUGAGAAGAUGGCCUCCAAACGAGCUGGUUUUUUUGCUAAAACAUUGCUCCAACAUAAACCACAUACACCAAACUCAUGCCUACAUAGUAGUGAGAGGUCUCGACCAACACAACCUCCUCCUCAGCCAAUUCAUUGACACCACUUCCUCUCUCGGCUUUAUCGAAUACGCUUAUUCACUCUUCACCCACAAAACCAAACAACCUCAGUUAACAUCAGAUGAUAAUGACACGCUUUAUAUCUAUAACACCACCAUCAAGGCUCUCUCUAGAUCUCGGUCUCCUCGCUUUUCCAAACAAGCCAUCAUUGUAUAUAACAGAAUCCAACUGUCCGGGUUGCGGCCCGACACUUACUCUUUCCCUUUUGUACUCAAAGCCGUUGUUCGAUUAUCCGAGCUUCAAUGCGGGAGAGCUGUUCACUCUCAAGCUAUUGCUACUGGGUUGGCCUCGGAAGUUAAUGUGGUUACAGCAUUGAUUCAGAUGUAUUCAUCUUGUGGGGGAUGUGUUUGUGAUGCUCGUAAGUUGUUUGAUGAUGGGGUGAGCUUUAUUAGAGGAGAUGUAGUGGUCAUGUGGAAUGCGAUGGUUGCUGGUUAUGUUAAGAUUGGUGAUCUAGAGAACGCGCGGGACUUGUUUGAGAAAAUGCCUCAAAGGAAUGUGAUUUCUUGGACUGCACUCAUUGCAGGGUAUGCUCAGAAUAAUCGUCCGGAUGAUGCCAUAAAUGUGUUCCGCAGAAUGCAAAUUGAUGAGAAUGUGGAGCCUGACGAAAUUGCAAUGUUGGCUGUACUCUCUGCUUGUGCUGAUUUGGGUGCUUUUGAGCUAGGGGAGUGGAUUCAUAACUAUGUUGAAAAACUUGGGUUAAACAAGAAUAUUAUUCCUCUCAGAAAUGCACUCAUUGACAUGUACGCAAAGUCAGGCAACAUAACCAAAGCUCUACAAGUCUUUGAAACUAUGAAGCAUAAAAGUAUCAUAACUUGGACGACGAUUAUUGCUGGACUGGCUUUACAUGGGCUUGGAAGAGAAGCUCUUGAUAUGUUUUUUCGCAUGGAGAGGGCUAGAGUUAAGCCAAAUGAAGUCACUUUCAUCGCCAUCCUUUCUGCUUGUACCCAUGUUGGAUUGGUUGAAAUGGGGCGCUGGUAUUUCAAUAACAUGGAAUCAAAGUACGGGAUUGAACCAAGAAUCGAACACUAUGGCUGCAUGGUCGAUUUACUUGGUCGAUCUGGCUAUCUCCAAGAGGCCCUAGAACUAGUUAAGCGGAUGCCAUUUGAACCAAAUGCAGCUAUAUGGGGGUCUCUUCUUGCUGCCUCCAAUGUUCACUGUGAUGCUGAGUUAGGAGAGCACGCAUUGCUGCAUCUACUACAGUUGGAGCCCCAUAACAGUGGAAAGUAUGCACUUUUAUCUAAUAUAUAUGCUAGUCUAGGUAGGUGGAAUGACUCUGGGAUGGUGAGGAAGGUGAUGAGAGAAACAGGUGUAAAGAAGAUGCCAGGCGGGAGUUUCAUUGAAGUGAGUAACAGAGUUCAUGAAUUCAUUGCUGGAGAGAAAUCACAUCCACAGUUCAAUGGGAUAUAUGAAAUUCUGGUUAACAUAAAUGGACAUUUGAAGAUGGUUGGGCAUGUGCAAAAGGGAGGUGGUGGGCUACUUGAAUUUGAUGAAUGAUCAGGAUUAGUACUAUUCACAAGAAAUGGUUUUGAACUGGCUGUUGAGUUGAGUACCACUGGGAAUAUAAUGUGUUGUAAGUCAUAACCACCUGAUGUGCCGCAACUGCUUCAUGAAUUGAAAACCAAACCAAUUUCAACUGACUUUGAGAAGAUCUGAACUUAAUAUGUUUAUAGACAAGAUCAAUAAAGCAACAUCAAUGUUUUUCUGGUCUUUUUAUGCAAUCAGGAGCCAAUUUCAUAUUAUCUGACGUUCUACCAAACUUACGUGGCAUCUUGGUCGUGAGGGGAGCUUUGCUGCAUCAGCAUGUUUUUUGCCAGCCAUCUCAUAACCAAAAAACUUCACCUCAGUGGCCAUUUCAAAUUGAAAAAGAUCAAAAUGCAGAAUAAGACAAAGCAGCAUUAUGCAUCAGUUGGGAAUUGAGAUGAAGCUUGGAAAUGGCAAGCCAGCAAACCAGAUCUUCUUCUUUGGGACUAACAUGGACGAGCAUAAGUGUUUUUGAAUCCUUUCCUGAGGUUAAGUUGUUGAAUCAAGGCAAGAUACUUAGAUUUGGCUGGUGAAGAAGAACAAUACAUAUACAUGCCAGAAGCACUUGUAAGAGUGGAACAUUCCUGUAAAAUAUUCAUGCCUUCCCUAGCAGACAUUUACAUGGAAUUAUUCCCAUAGAUAUAUAUGACUAUGAAAGAAGAGAUACAUGUUAAGUUUGCUACAUGAAUGGUAAGAAUUGACCAACACCCAUCUCAUACCAGGU